GAUGAAGUUGAUAAGACUAGUGAAUUACGUAUUAUGUGACUAAGUAAUUACUUGAAUUGUAAUUAUUUGAAGUGCACAUGUGAAUGAACUUAUGCCAUUAUCAAACAAAACGCUGUAUAAAAAUGUUAAAAUGAUGCUUUUGCUGCUAAUAACGUUAUGUGUCCUGACAUCGGGCCACGAGAUAACGCAGCUAAAGGUGCCGCUGCACGCGGACCCGCGGCGCGCGGCCGAGCUCAGCUGCCACUUCCGCAUGGACGACCAGAAACUGCACUCCGUCAAGUGGUACCGCGACCUGCACGAGAUCUUCCGGUUCAACCCCUCGCAAAAGACGCAGAUCCGCUUGUUCAACGUGACCGGUGUGAUGGUGCAAGGCGGGUCGUGCGAGCAGGAGUCGUGCGUGGUGCGGGUCAUGCCGCUGCCGCAGGCCACGCGGGCGGCCUACACCUGCGAGGUCUCCACCGAGGGACCCAUGUUCCAGAUCGCCCGCCAGACCAAACACAUGACUGUUGUUGCGAUGCCGGACAAGGACCCAGUUAUAAGUGGAGCACCAAACUUGGUGCGGCCGGGGGAGCAGAUGCUGCUGAACUGCUCGACGGACUACUCGCUGCCGCCCUCGGACAUUAAUUGGUACAUCGACAACGAAAUACAAAAGCCCGAAGCUUGGCAGCACACGGAGCUGAGCGCGCCGCUGGCGGGCGGGCUGCGCGCGUCGUGGCGCGUGCUGCGCGUGCGCGUGCCCGCCGCCGCCAGCGGCGCGCUGCGCGUGCGGUGCGAGUCCGUGCUGCAGGUGGACCCACUUGUGCUACGUGACACCGUCGCCACUGUCACCGUCAACACUAGGACGCAGCUUUAUGAUAAAUAUGUUUCUAACAGAGGUGUGGAUAUCUCCGAGAACGCAAACUCUGUAGUAGCCCUUGUGGUUUUCACUCUUAUAUCAAGGUUUAUGAGCUUAUGAGGAUAGUUAAUCAUUUCUGGUGAUAUUAGACGUAAGUUUAGAUACAUC